CCAAGCUACAGUGUACAAGGUAACUCUACAGUGCACAGGGUAACUCUGCAGUGUACAAGCUCAGCUGUUGCGAGGAUGCUGCUCACGCUGGACACAGCGGCCGAGAUGCUGCUGUGGGGCUGCGCCGGCAGCGUCUUGGCGGUCGCGCUGAGUUCCCUGGGCUUAUCGGGAGCUCCCUUUGGCCUCCUGCACUUGCUGCUGGCGGGGUGGGCGCUCGCGGCCGCCGGCUGCCUCGCUCGCUCCUGCCUGAAGGUGCCAGUGCGUGGGAGAGCCGUCCUGGUGACAGGGUGCGACUCAGGGUUCGGGCACCAACUGGCACAGCAUCUCGACAGAAUUGGUUUUCGCGUUUUUGCUGGUUGCCUCCAUGCAAAUAGCCAUGGAGAAGGAGCAGAGAGACUGAGGAAAGUAGGAUCCUCGAAGUUACAUGUAUUGCAGUUAGAUGUGACGAAGGAAGAAGAAUUGAAGGAUGCGAGGAAGCAUGUCCAGGCAUUGAUGCAAAAGGGAGAAGUGCUAUGGGGUCUUGUCAACAACGCAGGCAUCGGGUGUCUCGGCCUGACAGAGAUGCCGACCAUUGCAGGAUACAAGCAAACCGCAAACGUUAAUAUUUUCGGGAUGGUUGCCUGCACUCAGACUUUCCUUCCCCUGAUCAAGCAGUCUAAAGGUCGCAUUGUCAACGUAGGCAGCAUGGUGGGCCGCGUUCCUCAGCCGAUCUUCACGCCGUACGUGGUCACCAAAUAUGCCGUGGAAGGAUUCAGUGACUGCCUUCGAGUGGAGUUGAAACCGCGGCAAGUGAAGGUCAGCGUCAUUGAGCCGGGUAACUUCGCUAAAGCCACGGGCAUUGCGGGAGAGGAGCGCCUCCGUCGCCAGGAGGAGGAUCUGUGGGGCGCGUUGGACGAGGACCUCCGUCGAGAGCACCCUCGGCAGGCGCUCCGGGCGGUCACUCAAGCUCUCAGGGCGUUCAGAGAUGCAGGGCCUGACAGUAUGACCCCUGUGCUGGUGGCCAUGACAGAUGCCCUGACGCAGAGAUUCCCGAGGGCACGUUACAUGCCCAUGGACCUACACACCUUCGUCAGGAUAUUUGUGGCCACGCAUUUCCCAGAGUGGCUCUACGAUCUCCUCUAUGUCUCUAAUUCGUUGUAGGGCAAGUCGAUAGAGCUGACGGAGGGGCAGUGACCGCGGAUUGAAGAGGGAAGGGAGAGCAUGUAGAGAAACGAAUGUGCUGUUUUUUAUAUACGUAUAUAUAUAUAUAU